UUUUACAGUCUUGUGCCGCCAUGGCUCAAAGCUGCGAGAGCUCCUCGUCUCGCUUGGCCAGCAUCUCCAGCACAGCUGCCAUUCCUGCAUCAGCGCCGAAUCAGAUGACGGGUCAAUCGCUCUGGUUGUCAGGAACCACAUCAGCAUCAGGAACACCUGUGGAUCUUCAGCAGCCGAAACUACCAUUGACAGAAACAACUUCUAACCAAAUAAUUGUAGCAAGCCAGACGAACAUCAGCAGUGGAAGCAAAAGCAAUCAUAUACGUUUUGAAAGUAACCAAGAACAUGAUAAGGAAGACGCAAUCGGAAACGAAGACGUGUUAGACGACGAGGACGUAGUAGGAACAUUGCCAUUGCCAUUUCUUUGCAUAAAGAAGAAAAAUAAAAUCCUCCCCCGACCUUCCCGUGCAUCUCGCUCCUAUUCAUACUCGGAUCUGUGCAGCUACUGCAACUGUCCAUCGAGCGCCUCGUCAUCAUCAGCUUCGUCGUCUUCCUCGUCAUCAUCCCCGUCUCAGGAGCCAGUUACGGCUGGUAUCAUUCGAUCCACUGUUACCAAGAAGCUUGUACCCUCAGUGACGGCCACCAGCAUCAUGGACAUGCCCUAUAACACCUCGCCUUCGCUACGCGUGCGCACCACCUCACUGAAUCAACUUAAAAAGACCGCCGACCUGGCGAUAGAGAAUGAGCUUCAUGUGUGCCCGUCGGUGAUGUCCGAGGAGCUGCGCAAGCUCCUGCCACCUACCUCGGAGACGGUGAUGACGAAACCUUUUCCCAUCCGCGGGGAGCGGACAAUCGCUGACUGCACUACACCCCACGUUAUAGCUAUGGUGGGCUUGCCUGCCAGGGGCAAGACCUUUAUCUCAAAGAAGUUGGCGCGUUACCUCAACUGGAUAGGGAUUGCGACGCGAGUGUUUAACCUAGGCGAGUACCGUCGCCAUGCUACAACAGCCUACAAGUCACAUGAGUUUUUCCGCGCCGACAACGAGGAGGCGAUGGCCAUCAGGAAUAGGUGUGCCAACCAAGCGCUUCACGACUCUUGCGAGUGGCUUCUGAGCGGCCAGGGUAGCAUUGCAGUGUUUGAUGCUACCAAUUCGACGCGGGACCGGCGACAGCUUAUCUACAAUAUUGUGGUUAAGCAGCACGGUUUCCGUCUUUUCUUUGUAGAGUCGAUCUGUGACGAUCCGCAGAUAAUCGAACAGAACAUUUUGGAGGUAAAGGUGAGUUCACCAGAUUACCUUAACAUGAACACCGAGCUGGUGGUGCGGGACUUCCUGCAACGUAUCGAGCAUUACGAGGAGCGUUAUCAGCCAAUCGACGAGGUCACCGAAUCACAUCUCAGUUUCAUGAAGGUAUACAACGCUGGGAAAAAGGUGGUAGUCUACAAUAACGAGGGUCACGUGGAGUCGCGCAUCGUCUACUAUCUGAUGAACAUACACAUAACGCCGCGAACCAUCUAUCUGACGCGCCAUGGGGAAAGUGAGCACAACCUCAGCGGGCUCAUUGGUGGCGAUUCAAAUCUGAGCGCACGGGGUCAUCAAUACGGCCGUGCCCUGUCCUCUUUCAUUUCGCAGCAGCAUAUCGAUGGACUGCGUGUGUGGACCUCGUGGAUGAAGCGAGCCAUUCAAACAGUGGCCAACGUGAAAGCACCCCAAGAACGCUGGAAAGCGCUCAACGAGAUCGAUGCUGGCCAUUGUGAGGAAAUGACCUACGAACAGAUCAAAGAGCGCUUUCCCGAGGAGUUCAAGGCGCGUGAUGUCAACAAGUUUGCGUAUCGCUAUCCGCGCGGUGAGAGCUAUGAGGAUCUAGUGGCGCGUUUGGAACCCGUCAUCAUGGAACUGGAGAGGCAGGGGAAUGUCUUGGUUGUUUCUCACCAGGCAGUUUUGCGCUGCCUCUUCGCUUACUUUCUGGAUAAGUCUGCCGAUGAGCUGCCUUACCUAUAUGUGCCCCUGCAUACCGUCAUCAAGCUCACCCCCGUGGCCUAUGGAUGCAAAGUAGAGCACAUUAAACUGCCAAUUGAUGCGGUAGACACACAUCGUCCAAAGCCCAAAAUUCCCGGCGACGUCAGUGAGCCCGGGCUCGAUGGCCUGAGCGGUGAGCUGGUGGCGCCCGAUGGCGUUGGCAAGGUUCUCAUUGUGGGCGAUGAUGUGGCGACGGCAACGAAUGUUAACGGCGCACGCGUUGAUUCCCAACCCAACCAAUGACGACGGUGGCUGUACUGGUUUCGUCCCUCAAAAUCAAAGACACUUUAGGAUCAAUCAUUCAUCUCUGAACGACUUUCCCCACACAACCCAA